UUAUGCUUAAUACUGAUAGCGCAAUGUUUCAUAUUGGUUUAAUCCCAUCUCGAUGGUAUAAUGAUAUAUUAUCUACUCCACAAGAAGAGUAUAAUCAAGGAUUUGGGUAUGCUAAAAAAGCCAUCAAUUUGGCGCUUCAAUUAGGUGAAGAGGAUGAAUUAAAUGAACUUUUACUAGAUUGGAUCAAUAAAAAAGAGAGAAAGAUUCGUGAUAGUAGAUUGGAAGAUGAAACAUUAAAUAUUAGCAACCCUUAUCAAAUACGUACAAAAGGUGCUCCAAAAAAGCGAUUAAAGAGUGUAUUAGAAAUUAUUUCUAAUACUAAUAAUAAAAAUCAAUGCAAUAACAAUUCGGAUAAAGAUGUUGUUAAUCAGGGAAGAUAUAUUUGUAGCACUUGCAAAAAUAUUGGACAUAAUGCUCGUACUUGUGAAUUAAAAAAAAAGUAA